CUCAGCAGAUGCUUCGCAAAUGUCUGGGCGCCAAGAAAGCGCUUCCUUCAAGCAAGUUGGAGCACUAUUUAGAAUGCCGGCAUUGUAUGUUUUGGUGGUUACGCUCAUCAUCGCAGACCUCACAACGGCGGAAUUUUAUGGUACAGUCGUAGACUACGCCCGCGACCGAGGUUUAGAGCCACGUGACGCCGAGCAGCUGGUGACCUUCGUUUCACUGGGAGCGCUUCUGGGUGGUCUCUCUGUGCCCCUGCUGACUGACUGCGUGCCGUUCAUCCGCUGUCCUGCCUACGCUGUCAGUUUACUGGCCGUUGGUGGGUGCCAAAUGGUUGCCCCGUACCUAUCUGGGUUUACAGCAAAUAUAAUGCUCGCACUAUUGGUUGGAGCAUUCAUGGGAUUCAUCUUGUGCAGCAAACCCGUACUCCUUGCGGAAUCAUUCGGUAUCCGACGUACGGCGGCAUGCCUGGCCCUCAUCGGCGUGAUCAGGAUACCGGUGUCCCUGGUCUGCCCUCUCCUAAUUGGCCACUUUCGUGACUCGACUGGAUCAUACGAUGGCUACUAUCGGAUGCUCGGAGGAAUGAGCGUGGCAGCCGCUUUGCUCUUCAGCGCACAUUACAUCUUCAGCCGAGGAAAGUUCACAGCGGACGAGCAGCCCUCAGUGCUGUAAUACCAAUAAAAUGCCUAAU